UGGCCAGUGGAAAAAAUGUUUUCGUAUAUUGUUAACAUGAACAUGGUGGCAUUUGCCAUAGUAAAUGUGCCUGUUUCUAUUGCCUCUAUUCUGAUGAAUAUUUUUUUCGCCUACUGUAUGAUUUUUUCUCAGAAAGGACCAGUAAACAGCAUAAAACCGCUGCUUAAUGUUUUACUGUGGUCACUUAUUGGAUGCAAUCUUAUUCUUAACAUUUUAAACCUUUUAUUUGUUUUUUUCGACUUUGUCGAAUGGGUUCCAUGGAUUCACAUUCUUUCAGAGGCCGGUAUUCUCUUUGCCAUGUGGACUGGUUUUACUGCCUCCCUUGCUCUGAAUGUGUGUUACUACUUCCAAAUUGUUCCUGUACGGCGGCCUUGUUUGACCUGGAUGAAGAAGCACAUCAGACUCUUUGUGUACUUGGCAUUAUUUGUCGACAGACUCUUCUUUCUGUCUGAAUUCCUUGUACGCGUUAUCUGGGACAUUUCUGCAAUGAACUUGAAUUCAACCAGAGGUCAUGUGAACAUCACCAGUGAAACAACAGAUUUAGGAAUCGACAUACUAUCACACAUAGACUUUUGGAUUAGAUGUUGCUAUUUUUUGCUUUGUCUGGGCAUUAUGCUGGCAUCAAGCAGUGCGACUGUUGUCUACUUGCGGAAUCACAUAAAGAGAAUGGAGGAGAACGGCAGCUCUUUCUCGGCUCUUCGUAAAAAGCAGCAGAUGAAAGUGACAGUCUUGGGCAUGAUACAGGGUGUCCUCUACUUUCUCGCUUCAGGGUGGCUCAUGACAGAAGAGCUCCUUGCGUAUUUUGUUGCUUUUAAGGAUCAGCAUGGCCAUUUGAUUUGCACUGUCAUGGCACUGUACUCUCUUGGAACAACCAUACUUUUAGGUGUUGGUCAGGCAAACUUCUGCCUAAUGGCUAAAAAUAUUGGCAGAAAACUACAAACCCUGAAAUGUCCUCUACCUUAAUCAGUCAGUUUAGGUUAUGUCACUUCUGCCACUUCCGCUUUUUUAUAGUCAUGAUUUAAAGAAGGGGUCUCCAACCUUUUUUCCACCGCGAACCUGGGGGUGGGGGUCUUUAAAACAGGUCUAUUCAUUUAUACUGUUAUCAGCACAUGUUGAAGUAGAUUCGUCUCUUGUUGUCUCUGAGAGAAUAUGCGCUGUUAAUGCAGCGUUUAAGACUGUCAGAUUUUUUACUUUCACUUUCUGUAUGACCGAAGUUAAGACGUUCACCGGCAUAACUAUUGCGCAAAGUUUGCGCGUUGCUUGUGAUAUCUAUUGGAUCGCCUUCAUGGUUUAAAACAGAAAUAUUUACAGUAUUGAGACGUAACCGCAAACCCCCAUGAAUGUAUCUUAAACGCAGGGAUACAUGAAAGAGGAAUCAACUCGGUAUGCCGCGCUGUCUGAAACGCGUCUCUAUGCUCGUGCGCGCUUCGGGUGUGUGCGAGUACAGCGCGCAAGUAAUGAAUUGAGUUCUGUUUCGUUUCUUCUUCUUGUGGUUUUAAAUAGCUUGAACGGGUAAAUUGGCAAAUUAAUCUGCGAAUCACAUGCCCAACGGUGGGGUCUGGACCAGGGGCCUCAUUUAUAAAGCGUGCGUACGCACAGAUUUGAUCGUAGAGUGUGCGUACGCUUAAAUCCACGCCAACGCUCAUAUUUAUAAAAACGGUCUUUGUCGUGGAAAAGUGCUUAGCGUCGCGUCAGGAUCCGAGCAGACGUACGCACUUUUUAUUGUCGGAGUAAUGCAGAAUUUUUCAAAUGUAAGCUGUUCUUGCAGGUCGCUGUUCUAAAUUAUGAUGAUUGGUGAUGUUUUAUAUGUUAAUGAUAUUAAUUAGGAGUCGUUUACAAGGCAGAGAGCUGAAACCAUUCAAUUGCGCACAAGUUCAAGAUAAUUUGCAAUUCAUAGAUUUCACAUCUGAAAUAGGCGCGUACGCUCGUUUUUCCGUACGCAUUUCUGAGAAACGAUCGUAAGAUCAAAUUUAGGACGGUUUCUGCGCAACAUUUUAUAAAUGAGGCCCCUGGUCCGUAUAUCACGGACCUAAUAGCCUAUGGCAGAUCAGAGCAAUCUUUUAUUUACUAAUUAAACAUGAAAUCGUCAAAUUGCUACUCCAUAUCAAUCGCAUACAACGAAAAUACAGAAUAAUUAGAACAAUCAGUUAUGCACAAUAAAUAACAGAGCGUCAUAUCUAUACACAUUUUCCCCAGAACUUUCUCCCCUUUCAACCCGGUGGUUGGGGACCUCUGAUUUAAAGGGAAGCGUUGUUGGGACAGCACUCAAAUUAAAUCAGUCUAAAAAUGUCCUGAAUUGUGGGUGGAUGUUAAAUGUUUUCAUGUGCAUUAAGUAAU